CUAUCCUAAUCUCAGAUAAACGAAUUCCCAAAUACAUUGAAAAUCGUCUCUUCUUCUUCAUAUCGAGCAAUGGCGUCUCUAACUUCCCGUCUCGAGCACACGGUGAAGCCCGACGCUCUCCGAGCCUACCUGGCCGAAUUGAUCUCUACCUUCCUCUACGUCUUCGCUGCCGUUGGCUCUGCCAUGGCUUCAAGGAAGAUGAUGCCGGAUGCUGCAACAGAUCCGUCUGCGCUUGUAGCAGUUGCUGUAGCGAGUGCGUUUGCAUUCUCGGUGGCGGUUUAUGCGGCGGCUAAUAUCUCCGGUGGACAUGUGAACCCCGCGGUAACGUUUGGGAUGGCGGUUGGGAGGCAUAUUAGUGUUCCUAUGGCUAUUUUUUACUGGAUUUCGCAGUUGGUUGGGUCUGUAUUGGCUUGUCUUCUGUUGAAAGUUGCCACCGUCUCACAACAUGUACCCGUCCAUGGAAUCCCACAAGAAAUGACCGGGUUUGGAGCAUCCAUUUUGGAAGGUGUGAUGACUUUCACUAUGGUGUACACGGUGUACACAGCCGGGGACCCGAGACAUGGUCCGUUGGGAGCAAUUGGACCCUUAGCAAUCGGCUUCAUUGUAGGAGCCAAUGUAUUAGCAUCUGGGCCAUUUACGGGUGGGUCAAUGAACCCGGCAUACUCAUUCGGAUCUGCUCUUGUUGGAGGGAGUUUCAAGAACCAUGCAGUUUAUUGGGUCGGACCCUUGAUUGGUGCUGCACUUGCUGGUAUUCUAUAUGACUAUGUAGUGUUCCCGGUGCAAGUACCCGGCAUUGCAGAUGGACUUGGGGUUUAAAUAAAUUCAGGGAAGUUACUGUUUUUCUUUUUUGGGUUGGGAGCGGGG